CAAGAUUUCUCUACACCACGACAACGACAACUUCACGUUCUCAACAUCUUUCUCUACCACGAGGUAUGUACACCGUGCGGCCCUUCUUCAGCUAGCCUAGGAUGAGCAAUCCGACUGCAACUCCUGGAUUGUAGCAUUUCCAGGGUCACUGCGGUUUAGGAUACGCCCAUCUUUCGCGACCCGAGCUGAAGAACCCUUCGCUGGGCACUCUUCUGGCUCGAAGGCUCCUGAAGACUAACGAGAUUCCUCACCUUUGCAGAUACCUCAAGUUCCCCGGCCCCCAACGAACUUGAGAAUCUCCCUCGCCCUCAAAUACCGCCAAAAUGGUCAAGACAUCUGUGCUCAAUGACGCUCUCAAGAGCAUCAACAACGCCGAAAAGGCCGGCAAGCGCCAGGUCAUGAUCCGACCCAGCUCCAAGGUCAUCAUCAAGUUCCUGGCCGUCAUGCAGAAACAUGGCUACAUCGGCGAAUUCGAAGAGGUCGACGACCACCGCAGCGGCAAAAUUGUUAUCCAACUCAAUGGCCGUCUCAACAAGACCGGUGUCAUCUCCCCACGCUACAACGUUCAACUCCGUGACCUCGAGAAGUGGGUUGUCAAGUUGCUGCCAUCUCGUCAGUUCGGCUACAUUGUUCUCACUACCAGCGCGGGUAUCAUGGAUCACGAAGAGGCCAGACGGAAGCAUGUUUCUGGAAAGGUCAUUGGCUUCUUCUACUAGAUGGCACAUUGAAACGUGUUUCUGCAUGUGGUACGCAUGAGCGAGGGGAUUGAGAUACCCGGAAAAGUCUUGACUUCGAAUUCAGCUCCUGAUUCCAUGGAGAAAUCAGAUGAUUGCAGCUAGAUCUAGGGGACCAUCUCCCUGAAUGAACCAAAAUCGUCUCAAACCA